AUGGAUAGAUGGUCUUCAUCUUUCUCUAUUAAUUCUCUUAAGGGAAUCACUUCUCCAGUUUGGAUUAGAUUUCUGGGUUUACCAUUGAGUUGCUCGGAUGAAGAAAAUAUUCCUAUGAUUGCGUCCAUGAUUGGAAGUCCUAUGAUGCUUGAUGAAAAUUCACUCAAAUGGAGUAAAAGAGAAUAUGCUCGAUGCUGUGUUAGAAUUGAUCUAGAGAAGAAACUUCCUAGGGGAGUUUGGAUUGAAGGGAUUCAUGGUAGAACCUUUCAACGUGUUGAAUAUGAGAAACUUUAUUCUCUCUGUUAUUGCUGUGGCAAAGUUGGACACAGUAAAGAUGUUUGUCCUGAUGCAGUCAUUCAAAUAAAAGAAAAAAUGACACAAGACCAUAUAGAAGUGCUAGAUAAAUCUGAAACUGAGAAAAGAGGUGUAAUAAUGCAGCAAUCUGAAGAACCUGUGGAACCGAAGAAGCAAAACCAGAAUAUGGAUCAACAGAUUGAUGCAAAAUCAGAAGUGAAUCUGAAAAAAUCAGUAAAUCUGGAAGAUAAGGUGAAUGCUGGAAGAAUACAUGACAUACCAAUUGGAAUAAAUAAAUUCCAAGCUUUGGAAGAAGAUCUGGAAGAAGGAGAGUUAAAUGAAGAAGUAGAGACAAGGCUUAUAGAGAAAAUGGAACCACCUGGACAAAAAGGCAGCAAUCUGGGGGCUAGGAAGAAGGAGACCGCCCGUUACCUUAGAGAAAUUGUAAAAGAUAAUAAAGGUUUUUUCAUUGGGUUAACUGAAACAAAGAUGUCAUCACUUGAUGGAAAUGACAUUAAUCAGAUUAUGGGUACAGAUUUGGAUUACUUUCAUCAACCUGCAAAUGGUGUCUCGGGUGGUAUUCUUGUGAUGUGGAAAAAGGAUACAACAUCCUUUGAAGUUCUGAAUAACUCCUCCCAAUUGAUUAUGGGAAUUCUCAAUGUCAACAACAUGGGUAAAUGGAACAUUGUUACUGUUUAUGGAAGUAAUGAUGCUUAUGAACGUAAACCCCUUUGGCAGCAGCUAGAAGAAUGUAUGAUUGGAAACGAUCCAUGA